CAUGAGGGGGUGUGGCUGCAGUGAGCGAAGUAAAGAACAGUUUUGUCCCUGUGCGGUCUCCGUAAGAAAAAUUGGUCGGAGAGGGUCAAAGAGAUGGCGCCCUUUAGAAUAGGAAAGCUGACCACCAUGCCCAUGGGUAUGAUAUAUGCAUCUGUAAGUGUACAUAUGGCCAAAGAAGAGGAAUCCAAAAAGCAGCUAGUGAGACCAGAGCAGCUCCCCAUAUAUACUGUGCCACCUCUUCAGUCUAAAUAUGUUGAAGAGCAGCCUGGUUAUUUACAAACGGGCUUCGCAUCCAUCCGCACUACAACUGGUUAUUACAUUGGCUGGUGCAAGAGUACUUAUGUCUUUGUGAAAAAUGGGGUAAUGGAUACAGUACAAUUUGGAAAGGAUGCAUAUGUCUAUCUGAAGAAUCCUCCUCAAGAUUUUCUUCAAAAGUUGGGAGUAAUUACAGUUUCAGGAUUGGCAGGCCUGGUUUCAGCAAGAAAAGGUUCUAGGUUUAAGAAAAUUGCUUAUCCAUUAGGACUGGCUACUUUAGGAGCAGCUGUUUGCUACCCAGCUCAGUCAGUAAUAAUUGCAAAGAAGACGGGGAAAAAAGCAUAUGCUACAAGCCAGCAAAUUUAUGAAGCAGUUAAAUCAUUGUGGACAAAAAGUACCAAAAAGGAAUCACUCCCUGAGCCUAAAGGAAAAACUAAGCUAGGAAACUCUGAUGAAACAGAAAUACCUGCAGAAACAACUCACAUCCUGAAACCUUCAGUGCCUUUGCCAACAGACUUCAGUUCUGCAACAAUGAUAAAAUCAGAACCCACCUCAGGUGCUACCCUGUUUAUGCCUGACCCCAAACUCAUGGAUCAUGGGCAGUCCUAUCCAGAAGAUGAAGAUAUGUACAGCACUAGAAGCUGAAAUAGACUGCAUAAAGAACUACAAAAUUUGGGAAUUUGCAAAUGAUGAUGAAAAAUUAUGCAACGAGUAACUGACAUACACAAUAUAAUUUAAAUCAAGUUUUUCCUUGGUGUCUUCCAAUAUACAGUUUGAUCAGUCAUGUAAAGGAUUAACACACAAAGUCUGAAUGCAAGCCAAACAAUAUUAAAUGAUUGUUUAAGUAAUACAGAUUGAGGUUUUAGUUUGCAUUUGAUGAGUUUCAGUGACUUAUUACAAAGCAAAAAAAGCAACGAUAAACACAUACAAGAUUAAAAUCUGAAUGUAUUUAUAUGUAUUUGUUUACAUAUGUAUAUUUAUGUGUUUUAAAUUUUCAAAAUUAAUUCCAAUUAAUUUGGUGUGUGGAAGGAUAUGUUCUUUUUUUCCCAUUUCUCUGAGCUGGAAUAAAAUAUCCAAGUGUUAUGUCA